CAGAAAUGACCACCAGCAACCAGUACAGCACGACAAUUACUGUAUCACCGCUACCACCUGGUAAAGUUACCACCAUCCCCAACAGCAUAGCAACUACUAAGGCUCUGUCUACUAGCAAUACCUACAGCAUUUCACCUAGCACCGUAACAACUGCAGGAUCCUGCGCUUAUGGGUAUCUGAGUGGCUCAAACUGUGUGUGUAAAGAGAAUUUUCAUGGCAGCAAGUGUGAUCUCAUUUCAAAUGAAGUAAGACCAGGUGAGGGUCCAGUUGUUGUUAAAGUUAAGGUUACCAUUGUGGUGGUGAAUGUCAAAUACUCAUCGGAACUAAGUGACAAGAAGUCCUCUGAAUACAUAGACUUCGAAAAAAGGUUUAAGGAAGAGAUGUGUAAGUUGUACAGUGAUGUGGUGGUCUGCAUUGAUAUCAGGAUCAUCUCAGUUAAACAAGGAAGUGUAGUGGUGGAACAUGAAGUGCUGACAAAUGUCAGUUUAACAAAUGGAAAUGAGCAAUACUAUAAGGCGGUCAGAGACAUUAAUAACACUCUCAGUCGGACGAACUCCACCCCUGGUGAAACAGGUUUCUUGGAGUUCGAUGUAAGCAGAACACAGGUCCAAGAAAGUAAACUGGAUUUUGCAGGUCUGUGCUCAGAGGUUGAUUUCAUCCCUGAAGACAUGCGCCAGUAUUUCUAUGGUGUGAAUGAAUCCAAUAGGCUCCUCUGUGUCAGUAACUGUAGCUCUUUCAACCCAGAGUUUGUCAACUGUAACGAGGGUCAGUGCUCAAUCAGUAAAACAGGACCCCACUGCUACUGCAAGACUUCAGGCGAGUUCUGGUACACAGGGGACCGAUGUGAGAACUCUGUCAGUAAAGCAGGCGUCAUCGCUGGAGUUACAAUUGGACUCGCUGUUUUGCUCCUUAUAUUUAUCGUUGUUGUAGUCAAACUAAUUCGAAGGCGGGGGAAAACAGGAAAAGAAACGUUAGUUGACAAUGAACACCACUGGUACAAUGCCUGGGAAGGUGAAAACUUUGAAAAAGGCCAGAAUAGGAACUCAGCAUCCAACAGCAACAAUGGGUCUCAGAGCUCCAAUUCUGGUAACAGGGAGUUCAGGCCAGCGCUGCACAAAGUGAACACAGACGUUAAGAUAAGGACUGGCAGAGCCAAAGUGACGCAUUAAAUCUGUUGGCAAAUUGUCGUAAUGUUGAAGAGCACUUAAGGCUACAUAGGGAUAUUACCCAUAAAGCCUUGGGACAUGCUAAGAUACCAGUUGAAAUACUGAACAGUCACAAAUAUGGAGCGCUCACCUCCCAACUCGUCUCACAGUUGCUGUGCCAGGUGCCAGGCUUGACAAAGGACCUGGGAGGUCCGAAACGUUGCCUUUGUAUGCUAUGGGCUACACAAUAAAUCUGCACUUGAGCACUUAUGCAAGAC